CAAUUUUGUUGUUUUCAUGCACAGAAUCUAACUUUUGUAUGGCAGGUUCAUUUCACUCUAUCAAGUGUCUCAUCCUGGCACACAGUGGACAGCAACUUUGACUAUGAAAUGUUCUGGAAUAACAUCAUGGACUUUUUCAAAGAUGCCCCUGGCCCUGUCACGAGAUGCAAAGUAGAUCAACUCCUCGAGUGGUGGACCAGGUAA